AUGUCGAAUCUUUGCGAUGGAUCUACUUAUAUCGCCAAUCUAUCGAGCUUUAUAAAAAGUCAUGAGAAGCAGUUGGCUAACGCAUUGUUAGCUUAUAAGAAGUCUAGUGGCCAUGGUGGCACAGGCACUCUUAAUAACCACCAUGACGAGAAUAACGCGAGGAAAAACGUGAACCAUAAACCUGUUAGACUAUCACUUACGCUACACCAUUUAUACUUCCUACUAGAUAGCUUUAAUCAGAUAAACUUGAAGACCGGUCCUUUGAAUAUUCGACUAUAUGAUAUUGAUCAUCAUUACAUAAUUGGCUACAAUGGCCUCGACAACACUACAACAAACAAUAAUCUGCAUCCUGUCGAGCCAGUAUACGAGCAACAGGAAUAUGUGUCGUUUCUUUCAAAUAACUAUUACAACAGCAAAAGCAAAAGACUCAGUAGCUACUCAAGCUCGGUCAAUUCAAACGAUAAUGCUUCUAUCACCUCUAUGUCAUCAAUGAAGUCCGCUCUUUCGUCAAUAUGGAAUUCGAUGUCUAUCAAUGGUUAUAAUGGGACAGGUAGCCCUUAUGACAAUAAUUUUGCCGAUAAUCCGGUGAUAUCUAAUCAUUUGAAAUAUUUAUAUUCGUGCUUCACAAAAUUGCCGUGCCUAAGAAUAUCACCUGAUUUGAACUCCAAGUUAAUUAAGAACUACCAGGAGUUUCCAUUUGAUACUAUAGUACCACUAACAAUAUUCAAAAACUUGUCAAUAUUAGAAAUUAAUGAAAUCAACCCUAAAGAGCUAUUUGGUUGGCAUAACCUAGCUGAAAACUUGAAGUUCCUUAUUAUUAAGAAUUUUGAUUUGAAUAAUAAGAUAGAAAUGGUUUUAAUGGAGUUGUUAUGGCAGGAUUACAACAACAGAAACCAUAAACUUAUAAAUGCCAACUACACUCAUAAUUAUACCAAUUCCUUACCAAACUCAUUGCCUAAUUCACCAGUAUCGUCAACGUUUAAUGAGAAAAAGAAAUUGAAUAAGAAACGCCAUAAAUCAUUUGCUAACAUACGGAAAAAGAGGAAUUCUAUUGAUGUCAGCAAGAAAUCUCAAUUGGCUGAUAAUAAUAACAAUCAUCAUAAUUACCAUAGCAUUGAUAACCACACUGAUUUCACGAGCUUCAAGAAUCCUUUUUAUCAAAAUAAGUGGAAGAAUCUCAAAUAUCUCUCGUUUUCCAAUACUAGCUUAACCUCAAUUGAUCAUGUUGAUGCUUUUAGAUUAUUGGAAAAUUUGAACUCCUUGGACUUAUCUGGUAAUAAGUUCACAGAGGUUCCAAUUUGUUUGAAAUAUCUAGUUCAUUUGAAGUCGUUGAACUUGUCGGAUAAUUUAAUUCAUGAUCUUAGUAAUUUCAAAUAUUUUACAAGUGAAGAAAAUAAUAGUGAAUUUUCCCUCAAAGGUUUAACGUUGAUAAACUUAAAGCACAAUGAAAUCACAAAUUUAAACGGGUUAGAAUUUCUUUUGAAUUUAAUAAAGGUUGACUUGAGCUACAACAAGAUUAAUUAUCUUAAAGAUUUGAGGAGUUUAUUUCUUUCUGGAAUUGAAAUAACUGCGCCUGAUCCAAACCCUCUAUCAAUAAUGACAAAUGGUGAUAUGUUGUACUUUAAUAAUAUUGAGAAACUUGAUGAUCUACAGAAUUUUGAGAAAGUGACGCUAUUUCAAAAUGAAGAUCGCUCAACAAUGGAUAGCUUGAAUCUUAUUGGUAAUCCUUUGCAGAAUUUUGAUAAGAAUUAUAGAAUAAAGUUGUUCAACUUGUGCAAAGUAUUCAAUUGGGUGAGACUGGGAUUUAAAAUCAAUGGAUCUGCUCCGAGCUAUUUGGAGUCCUAUUACUUGCUAAGCGAUUCAGAGGAUGAAAAUGAUAUAUUCAACACCGAUGCCCAACUUUUUAUAAAUUUCAAAAAAUAUCUUUUUGAUUAUGAUGAUUAUUUUCAUCAAUACAAACCGGGAAGUUCCAUAGAGGCAUUUCUCCAACAAGACCGCGCGAAUGUUAACCGUGAUCUACUCAAUAAUGCUAGUAUCUUGAAGAGUAUUAGCAAUUACAGUUUACACAUCUUUGCUAAAGAUGAAACUGAGAAAAAACGAGUUUUGCAAACCGCUAAUGUUUCAGCAGAUAAUAGUGAUAAAGAAAAUAUUAUCGCAACCGAGCCAUCUCGAGAAUAUCAAGACCCUGGAGAGAACGUCUAUUUAGUGGAUUCUAUGUCAAAAUUGGAACUACAUGAAAGCGCUGCGUUAACAAAUAAACAUUUUCCAGAAACGUUUGAUACGAAACCAAUCCCUGUGAAUAUUCAAGACAACAAAUUAUAUUUGAAUAGUUCACGUUACGGUGGCCAUUCACAAGGCCGCUCCAUCAGCAUAAUGGGAAGUCAAGGGGAUUAUUUUACAACGUCAUUAUCACCAACCAGCGUUUCAUACAGGAAUAAUAAUAUUGCAAAAGGAAUCGAGUGUAAAAGCGGUGAUAUCAACUAUUCAACAAACCAUAUCGGCACCACAUCUCCCAAACCUAUAAAGGUUGCUACAAGUAUGUCAACUUCCAAAUCUUUGAACAAUUUACUCAACCUAUCCCAAAGUUUGCAUAUUGAUGGAAAUAACACUACAGACUUCAAUCUUAGAGCCAAUGCCGCCUUUGAUUCCUCUCGCAAUAAUAAUAACCAUAGCAACAGGCUUCUUUCAAGGCAUGAAAGAGCAAAAUCUGCAGUUUCAUAUCAUUCUACUCAUACGUUGACCGAUUAG